CGCAGAAUCAAUUUCGACAAGCAACAACCCACAACUCCCAGCGUUAGCUACCUGAACUCUAUCCCCCACCAUCUUUCUUCUUCAAGCUCUGAGAUCAACAAGCCCUGCUUGCCGACCCUACCUCAGGCGCCCACCUUGUAAUCUUCGCACCAAUCCUCCAGCAAUCGUUGAAAAUGGCCUCAACCGCACCGAGGGCAGUCGCCGACUCCGUGGCCGCCCUGGCAGCCAAGAACCAGGCACCCCACUUCCUGAUCGUCUACGCCAGCAUCGUCAACGGCCGCAGCUGGUGCGGCGACUGCGUCCGGGCGGAGCCGCUCAUCCAGGACAAGUUCCCCGCCGGCGAGCAGUCACGCCUGACCGUCCAGUACGCCGGCGACAGGGAUACAUGGAGAUCGCCCGAGAACGAGUGGCGCAAAUUUGGCGUGCCUGCUCUGCCUACGCUCUACAAGGUCACUCCGGAUGGGUCUUGGUCUCAGCUGGUCGAAGGAGAGGUCUACGACAAGAAGAAGCUGGACGCAUUUGUCGGCACGCAAUAGUAGACGUGAGAGCUUAGUGCGCAUCAUCAUCUGCACAUGUGCUUUGUGUUGGUAGCCACCCUUGAGCUUAGGCUAGCCCGAUAUCUAGCUAUGACACAUCGAUUAUACCCCCAGUCGGCCUGUUGUGAUGUAAAUUGCACCCGGUGUUAUAGCCAGCGAUUAGAGCGUCAGAAGUUGUCUAGUUGUUUAUUAUCAUUUUGCAUUCAGGGACGGCUUGGUAUCACGGAUCCCAGGACCUCGACUUCCGUGGGAAACGUGGGACUACAUCGCUUAACUGAACAAUACCAGGUCAAAAUCACGCGGACCAAAGUGCUGUACUGCAAGUGUGGCUAGCCAUACAAUGGCGGAGAGUAUAUUCAAGGGCAGGCCGUGCCCAAUUUUAUGAACCAAGAAUAUAUAUGUGCACAUAGAAGAAGCAUCGUCGCUGCAA